AUUUGAAAUAUAUUUUAAAUGCAAUGUUAUUUAAAUUGAAUUUUAAAAUCACAAUAUUUGGGAUCUAUUUGAAUAGAAAUGAAGAGUUCUUCGACCAAAACCGGGCCAAAACCAAUUACGGGUGGCUCCAGUGGUCACUCCACUAAACUAUCGCUCGCCGCUCAGUUUGACGACAUGUGUCGCUCCGGCAAUGGUCUCAUUCUGGACUCACAGGAACAAAAUCUAAUGAACCAAAUGCUACCAAAAUGGCAAGAAAUGACCCGAGAGUUGGUCACAACGAGACAACAAUUGGAUAAAAUGGUGGCCGAAAAUCAAGAGCUGCGGUCGAUUGUCAAACAACUGGCCGCUGAUCACCGGCGAGAGCGGUGUCGACGGAAGCGCUACGAGAGACAGUUGUCUGAGUGGCGGAACAAAUGUCUUUCAAUGAAAUCCAUUGCUUUCAAUAAUGUUGAACGCAAUCUAGAAUUGGAAGAACUCUUCGCCGAAUUGGAUCUGUCGUCGAGUGGACACCAAUCCGAUUAUGAGACGGCCUAUGAAGAGGACAGCGAUGACAACGACGAUAAUCUGACGUUCACUGUGGAGGACAGUUCUGUGGACAACACGAUUGACAUGUCUUUGCCCGAGUAUAUGGAGUACAGGAGUUCCCAAUCGCAGGCGUCGGGAAUCUAUAUAUCUGAUCUCAAGAGCAAUAAGUCUGCGGACAAACAGACGCCCGACGGCGGCGGCGGAGGAGGCGAGGGGUUAGAUAUGUGGCGAUUGUUUGACACAAUAAGAGUCUGUAAACUGGAGUCAGAAUCUAUUGAAUUGAGUGAUAAACCAAUUGAUGAGUUCGUCAAACGUUUAGUUUCAAUGAUUGUCUUUGAUCUCAGGCUCUUUAAAAACGGCUAUUUCGGGACAUUUACACUACUAUGCGAUCAACUGGUGAUGCCAUACACUCAGGCAUUAAAAACCAGAUUCAACGCCGAGUUAUUGGCGCUCAACACCAGUGCCGAAGACCUAAUCUCAAUCAUUAAAUGUAUGCUUCAAUGGGACCGCAGUUUACGGGAAAUACGGCAGGAAUUUCCCCGUCUUAUGACCGCCGAGAGUCUCGAAAGUUCAGACAACGAGUUUGACUGGAAAUCAACUCUCGAGUCAACCAUUAAUAUAUCAGACAAAGAAGUGAACAAUACUUUUGACAUAAUGUAUGGCAGAGACAGAGAUGUGUCCAUCAAAUUCACGCGUCAAUCGUAUGAAGACAUGGAUUUUAAUCCAAUACUAGAGUUAAUUGAGUGGAAAUCAUUGGAAAAUGAGAUUAAAUUAAAGUUUGAUUACAAAAGUCGGUUAACACUGUUUGAAGAGUUGGAUAACAAUUAA